UUUCGGAACAAGCGUGCAUCCCUCGCAGAGAAAUACAACAAAGGUUUUGCACCAAAUGCGGAGAUAAUUUAUUUACAAAAUAAAGCACAUUUAGCGUGAUUUACUAAACAUUCCAAGAACAACUACUAUGACGGACACUGAGGAAACACAGUCUGCUGCCAACACAACAUCGAUUACCUCCACAACGCCCAAUGACAAAGACGCAGCCAAAAUAUGUGUUCUGCUAAAUGCCACGGGAAAUGUGCCCAUCAUCAAGAAGCGCACGUGGACGGUGGAUCCCAACAAGACUGUUAGCUGGAUACAAAAGUUUAUACACAAAUAUCUAAAGCUUGAUCAAAAUGAGCAAAUCUUUCUGUAUGUGAAUCAAACAUUUGCGCCUGCUCCAGAUCAGAUCAUAAAGAAUCUAUAUGAUUGUCACGGCACCAAUGGCAAAUUGGUUCUUUACUAUUGCAAGAAUCAGGCGUGGGGCUAAAAUCGAUAUUUGGAUAACAUCAUUUUUAAGUAUUUAUUAUUUCUACUAUGCGUUAAUGUUUAUGUUAUUUAAUUGUAUGCAGUGAAAACCUUAUAAAUUUUCACAACUUUUAUUUUACGCCCCGUUGCAAGUCUCAUUAAACGACCAUAUUUGCAAAAUAAUAACAAAUAUAAUUUGAAUUAGUCGCCGCGCAGAGCUUCCAGUUCUUCAGCCGCCUCCUUGGAAACCCUGUGAUAUUUAGCAACUGUUGGGCGAUAAUAAUAGGCCUGAUAAUCGUUGCGUUCGGACAUCUUACGACGCACCUCUUCCUCGAGGAGACUUAAGAGAAAGUAGAUUGAUAUUAAUAGUCUAUCAAGAAAGAAUUCUACUUAUUUAUUUACCGAAUUUGUGCCUUCUCGUUCUCCUCGAAGAGAUUGUGACACGCCUUCUCGUAUUCCUGUUGCUGGGAGCUCAAAAUGUAGCGUGCAAUAAAACGAGUGAUUGGGUUCUACAAAAGAAAAGGACACAUUAUUAUCGGUGUCUAACUGAUUGAUCACCCAUGGUCGUACCCUCUCGUAUUCCCAGUGCUUGGGCUCGUAGUCGGCGGGCGUCUCAGCGAGCUGCGCGGGUCCAACAAAGACGUUGGCGUAGAAGACGAGAGCUGUGAUCGGAAUGACGCCAAUCAUUACGUAAAAGUGCAACAGAUCCUUGAAUUUG